GCGCCGGCGCCGCGCCAAGGCGGAAGGGCCGGUGGGCCGCGGCGGCGGGCUGGGCGGAGGAGCUGCCGCGGCAGCUCGCCGCCAGGCUGUCGGCCAAGCUGGAGGCCACGGCGCCCGGAAUCCUGAUGCUCCUCGUGCUUUGGAUCGUGGUCGGCAUCAUCUGCAUCCUCGCGCGCAGCAG